UGAUUUUGCAUUUCCAGGUAGGGGGCGUGUGCACACCCUACCUGCGCUGCCAUUCACGGCAGUGGCUGUCAAUCACCGGUUCUCCUCCCUGCACAGCACAGUCAUCCAGAGCAGUGUGAUUACAGUGAAGCACACAGACACAGCCACCUAAUAAAACACUCCCUGCACACAGUUAACCCUUUAAUCUCCCAUUAUGUUAACCCCUUCCUACCCAGUGCCAUUAGUACAGUGUCAGUGCUUUUUUUUUAGCAGUGAUCACUGUAUUGGUGUCACCGGGGAUGUCAGUGACACCAAGUCAGUUCCUCCCAGUGUCAUAAUGUCCGCCGCAGUCCCACUAUAA